CUAAAAGUCCCUUUAGGGGUGUUUCCAUAUCUUCCUGGUUUGUCCUGCAAAGACAUUAAAGACUCACACACGGAUAUAAUCAGCGGCAAAUAUUGGGUUGAUCCUAGUAACACACGUGAUCCAUUCCUAGUGUUCUGCGACAUGGAAACAGACGGAGGUAAGAAUAAAACCCUAAAUGAUUUUAAUAUAAAAGGUACAUUGUUAAAAAUAAUAUAAAGAGUAAAAUUCUGGUAAAGAGGUUUUGGGACACUCCCCUUUUCCCUUAGAGUUUGAAUAGAAUUUGCAAGUCAUGUAAUCAUCAAUUCACAUUUACAGACAUGGUUUUACUAAGGUUUCUCCUUAACCUCUACCCCAUGAAAAAGAUGUCUAAAAUGUGUUUGGGGAAUUAACUUGAGAUGGUUUAUGUCUGACAGACACAAUGUCACGAACGUUUUGAUCAGGAUUGUAGCACUUAUAAUAUUCUGCCUCUCUAAUAGGAGAUCUGCUCUUGCUACUAAGAGUAUUUAGGUUUUAUUGCGACUCCUAGUUUCCAAAUGAGUCUGCAAUAUCACAAUUGUGAAACCGACAUUCAUUAUUAAAAUAUUCUUAUUAGAGAAACCUAGUCAAUUUUAACUGACAUAAUUCAAUUUUUUUCAGCGCUUUUAAUGUCCAAGGCAAGAGAAAACUAGUAUCCGAAAUGUCUUUUGCGAACUUAGGUGGAAAGGCCCGACUUUCAACCCACUACAAAACCGAAAAGGUUGAUAACUAAUUUUGAUUAAAAAGCAAUUCUUAAUUUUAGGUGGAUGGACGUUGAUUGCUCAAACUUUGGUCAGAAACUCAACGUCUUUUCCAGCAAUGAUAAGAGAAAAAGACUUUAAAAUGAUUCAAAACUACAGCAGCGGCCUCGUGAGAGUUGAUACCACAGCAAUACUUCACCUAAAACAACUUAUAAACUUCACGCAAAUACGAUACUUUUGUCGAAAGAAGGCGACAGGAAGGACAUUUCACAUUAUGACUAAAAGUGAUCCACAUGGAGAAAGAGCUGUGCAAUACCUCACUGAAAACCCCUCCGUCCAGCCAAGCGCCUGCGGUUCUUUUGUAGCCUUUCCGGACGAUAAUUCAUAUCUGGCUCCAAACUGCUCCAAAUGGGGAAAUGAUGGCCGUGACAUAGAAUGCAAUAAAUGGGGCUAUUACCAGAACAAAGGCUUUUUUCGCAUUUAUAAUGAUCCUAUUAUAUGGGAAGGAAAACACUACAUUAAUCUGAAGCCUUCGGUGUUGGCUUGCGAUGAUUCCACUGACAACCCCUACCCUCUGUCCCAAGGCGAUAAAUGGCAGCUUUUUGUUCGAUAA